AUGUCCAUCGAAGUCGACUGGGCAACUGCCACCUCUGGUCCAGACGGGGAAGCUCUGGCGGAAAGGAUCCGGUCGUUCGUCCACGACAAGUUUCAGCAAGUGGCCCUGCCGCGCUUCAUCCGCUCAGUCCAGGUCCACUCCUUCGACUUCGGGACGAUUGCCCCCGACUUGGAGAUCAAGGAUUUCUGUGAACCCUUCUCGGAUUUCUAUGAAGAGGACGACGACGAUGCCGACACCUCAGUUACAUCUGAGGAGCUCAUGUCCGAGCACGGGCAUACAUGGUCCAGCCAUUCGGAACUCCACGAGUCCCCGUUCGAAGACGAUGUGCCGCUGAAUCACCCUUCCCAUGGCCCUCGCCACUUCGGCCAUCGCCCCUAUGCCGUCGAGGAAUUCCAGCCCUCUGCUUUACGAUCCGCGCUACCCCUCGGAGACCAUCUGAAUCCACAUUUCAUGCCCCGCGCCGGCACUCCGGGCAUCCCCGGCGGCACCUCCACGCUCGGCUACCACUUGAUGUCACUGGGCGGCCUUUCGGGCACCCAGACACCUCUCGCCGCGGUCGCAGGCGGAACCCCGUUCGCGAGCGGGUGGUCUGACUCGGGACUGGGCCCGGGUGGACAACCACGCAUGCCCCGUCCAGCGGCGACGCAACCGCCCCGCGCCGACGCAGACCUAGACACCACCAAUUCGGCCUCGCGCCCGUCCACAGCCAACACCAUCCCCUCCCAUCCGUCCCUCGGCCAGCCCGGCAGCAACGGAUCGAACCGAAACAGCGGCGACCCGGCCGACACACCACAACAAUCAAUCGAGCCGCUCGACGACCCCUCCGCCCCAGGACAAACCUUGCCCACCCAACCUCGCAUGCGCGAGCGCCGCCCAGAAGACUUCCAGGUGCUGUGCCAUGCCAAGUACGCCGGCGACGUGCGCAUGUCGCUGACCGCCGAAAUCCUACUCGACUACCCGAUGCCCAGCUUCGUGGGGCUGCCACUGAAACUCAAUGUCACGGGCAUCACCUUUGACGGCGUCGCUGUCGUCGCCUACAUCCGCAAGCACGUCCACUUUUGCUUUCUGUCAGCCGAGGAUGCCGAUGCCCUGCUUGGCUCCGAGGCAAAGGACCAGGGGAGUCGGAAUCCCAGCGACGACGGGCGGCCGCGGUCCGGAAGCGACCAGAAGCGGCAGGGCGGUCUCUUGCAGGAGAUUCGUGUUGAUAGCGAGAUCGGUCGCAAGGAAGAUGGGAAGCAAGUCUUGAAGAAUGUCGGCAAGGUGGAGCGCUUUGUGCUGGCGCAGGUGCGGCGCAUCUUUGAGGAAGAACUGGUUUACCCCAGCUUCUGGACAUUUUUGGUUUGA